ACAGGGAGUGUGCACGGGGAAAAAGGAAUUUGCACCAUCACGCGAGGAGGAUGUCUGCAGGAACAAACAGCGUCAGGCGCGUAGUAACGCUGCUAGCGUCUAAACCGACUUUUGACACAGCGAUUUGUAAAAGCUGUCAAGAGACCUUGAGUCGCCGCGGAUAUAGCUCCGCCGCAGCUGCAACAACCACCUCUGCCGCAGACCCUUCCUCAAGCUCUCCAGAACUCCCCUCAUCGACGACCUCCACUCCCUCGACAGUCACAACUCAGUCCAGUUCACAACCGGCGUACACCGUCAGAGCAGGCGUCGUUCUCUCGCGUGCUCCUCAAAUCACCCGCGACCUCACUCCCUUUGAAAAGUCAUUCUACUUCUAUCAACGCCGUUUAAACGAGCGCCUUGCGCUUCCCUUUACCAAGUAUUUCUAUUUUAAGCGUGGAACGCCGGCCGAUGUCGAAUGGAAACGCAAGUACAAGGAACGUCAAACCGCGGCGAAAGAUAUCGGCAACUACAAUGCCUACUCUAAAGAUGCGUGGAACGACGAAUUGCUCGUUGGGGCCAUUGAAUCCGAGCCAGAGCACCAGGUCGAAGCACUAAUAGCGGAUGCGGAGGGAUUUGCGGCUACUGAGGCCGGCGAUAGCGGUUCAAAGAAAGAAGAAAUCCCAAGACCGCUAUCAAGACUUACAGAAGCGGACCAGAAGGGUGAUUAUAAGAGCUUGGAUCGUCUGUUACAGAGAACUCUUUAUCUGCUGGUUCAGGCUAAAGAGGGAUAUUGGAAAUUUCCAAGUGUCGUGCUAGAAGGAAAGGAGAAUUUGCGAACGGCUGCCGAACGGGGUCUUUUCCAGUCCGCCGGUCCAAAUAUGAACAUGUGGAUGAUUGGCUACCACCCGAUUGGUCACUAUGUCUCCAAGAGCAACAAAGCGAAGACGAACCCUGAGACCGGUGUCCAAAUACUCGGUGAAAAGACCUUCUUUAUGAAGGGGCGCAUUAUGGCUGGUCAAGCAGAUCUGUCAGCCAGUACCCAGGGAAUCGCAGACUUCAAGUGGCUGGCAAAGGAAGAAAUCCAACAGCACGUGAAUCCACACUAUUGGAGUGCUAUCAAGAAUAUGCUUGCCGAGAGAUAGGCAGGCGAAUCUGUAAUGUUAUUGGGACUCUAUGGUUCAUAUCGUGAGAUACGUGUGGUAGGACAAAAGAGACACGAGUAGACAGUGGUAUAUAUCCGUUGGGAAGUGCUAUCUCUUUUCUCCUUUUGAUUUUAUAUACUUUGUACAAUUAGACUCUUGUAAAAGGUGAA